CCUACUUCAAUGCAAAUUCAGUUGACCAAUAGAUUUGUUGUCAAGCCAAGAGCAAUCAUCGAGAAUGUCUUGGUAAAGUAUGCUCAUUUCGUUAAUCCGGUGGACUUCGUGGUUCUAGACACGGUAGGGGUGGGCAUUCGGUCGGUUUGGUUCAAACCGAACCGAAAUAAUGCAUACCGGGUUUCCGAGUUCCAUCAAACCUCAAACUGAAUUUGAACCAAAUUAUAAUUUGGUUCGGUCGAUUCAAAGCAAAUUAUAAUUUGGUUUGGUUCGGUUUUGUAUGAAAACCGAACUUGUGAGGUUAGCUUGUAUUUUUUCUCUUUUGAAUUAUUUUUCACCCCUAAUGUAAACAAUAAAUAUGCAAUUAAAUGCAUUAUCAAUGAUAAAAUCAAACAUUUUAACACAUAAGUCAUAAAACACUAACAUAAUUCAAAUAUUUAAGUCUCAUAAUAAGUACAAACAUAAAAAUCCACCAUUUGGAGCUUGCAAUUAUAGUAAUUCGGAAAUUCGGUUUGGUCUAAAGGACCUUGGUUUCUGAAAUAUACCAUUUUCCCUUUCGAAUUUCGAACAAAAUUAAUGUUAUUCGGUUUCGGUUUGGUUUAAAUUCGGUUUGGUUCGGGUUUACCAAACCGUAUGCCCACCCCUAAGACACGGAGGGGUAUGAUGCAUCCAUUAUUCUAGGCCAACCAUUCUUGGCCACGGCACAUACUAUCAUUGAUGUAAGUGGAAGCAAGAUCACCUUAAAUUUUGGUGAAUAGGAAAUAAGCUACAAGAUGACUCCAAUCCUAAAUUUUCACAAGUAUUACAAAUGAGAUUAUGUCAAGAUGGAUUGUGAGCCACUUACACCGCCUAUCACACCACCUUCAAGCCCCGAGAUAGAAUGGUUCAAUAUGGUUUCCUAUGUUGACCCCCACGACAAUCAAGUUUAAGGAGUGAGUGAUUCUUGCAAGGCCAUGAAGAAACCGGGCAAGGAAAAGUUUUCUUGCAAAAGGAAAACACAAGAGGUGUUUAAGAUUUGUCAUCUUUUUGGUGGUCAUGGAAGAAAGCUUCAAAGGUUCAUCUUCGAGAAGAGACAUCCAAAGAAGGGAAGCCGGUUUGUAAAAGGCGACUUAGCUCCUAUUCUUGCAAAUGAAGAGUUCCGGAAAUACUACAAUUCAUUCACGGAUAAUGACAUCUCUUCUAAGAAGCUUAACUCAAAUGGACCAUUUCUAUCUCAUGUACCGGAUGCGGCUUCCGAGAGAAUCCAUGGUCUUCACCUUGGACUUCACCACAAGUAUGACUUCUACGAAGGGUCAUCGGUGAAGAAUGGAGAUCUCUUCAUUUGAGCUUAAGGAUUCAAGUCCAGCGAAAAGAAUUUUAAAGACGCACUUGUUGGGAGGCAACCCAAUGUUUCGGUUUGCGUAUCUUUCCUUUUAUUUUUUGAUUAAAUAAUAAUUUGAUUAGUACUUAGAAAUGCAUGCGAAAUGAUUGAUACGACUUAGCCCUGGCUUUUUGAUGUUUUGCUGAAUGUUUGGAUGAAAGUUUGAACUUAGUGAAUUGGAGAAAAUGAGUUGUCCUGAUGACUCGCUCCUAACAAUGGCCAAGUGUAACCACCGAAAGAGGCUGCAGUCUAGUGGCACAAGUAAUAUAUAUCGAAUCCACGGGUCUCUAGAAUUACUAUUACUCAGCUUCAAUUCAUUAUUUAGGAAACCAGAUUAAAGAUUGAUUUACUAAACUACUCUACUAACUAAACUAAGGUUAAACUACUAAUUACUGGUUGGGAACUCACUUAGGUAUGAUUCCCACUAACUCCUCAAAUAGGUCCAAGUUGUAAUUCUCUUUGGUUGCUUUACGGUUGAUUAAACUACAAAAGAUCCAAUAAUAGUUUGGAAUCUCUUAAGCUAACCAAGUUCUCUUAGACCGAAUAUCCGGCGGGCAACUAACCUCCACCGGAGUACAAAGCUAAGGUAAUACACAAAGAUAUCCACUACUUGAAUGAAUUCCAAUACAAAGCAGUGAAUUCACUGACUCUCGUACAAUCAGUUCCCUACUACCAAUUUAGAAAGCUCUCUUAACCCAAUCAGAUUCUAUCUAUCAUAGGUUAAAGCAGAAAUCAAAUAAAAGUGAUCAAGAUUCAAUUGACUCAACAAUCAUGCCUCAAUUGAUUAAAACCAUUCAGUAUAACAUCCGAAGUUUCAAACAAGAAAGAUCCUAACAUAUGGAACUAGGGUUCGUCAAAACCUAAGUGAAGGGAAGUUACUCCAUAGAGAAGAGAGAGAAUGCAUAAAUAUGGUUUAGAUCUUCAACUCCAUCUCCAAGCUUGAUUCCCAAGCUCCAAUGGCGAAGAAAUCCUCCAAAAUAGCUCCAAGAAUCUUCCCAAGUCGCUCUCUCUGGUUCGUCCCUUGGGUGUUUGGGAUCCAUAAACCCAUCUCUCCCUCUCAAAAAUCGCAGAAAACAUACUUAUACCUAGCCAUGGGCAGAAACACGGUCGGGAACACGAACGUGUUUAGCCCGCCCGUGAUUUGCAUCCCUUCAAUAGUCUUCACAAGACACGCUCGACAUAAAAAAUACUGGUGGGGUGCUGAGUGAAACACAGUCUUGUUUUAAGGGAAGCUUGCCCAUGUUUUCCUGGAUCGUCACUAUGCUCGACAUAAAAAACACUGGCAAGUGCCAGAUGAAACAUGGUGGUGCUUUGUGGAGAGCAUGCCCGUGUUUCUUCCUCGACUCCACUUUUGAGAGGCUUUUGAGUGACCAAACGACCUCCGAUUGACCCGAAACUUGCGCCUAUACCUCCCUUUACUCUCUCGAACCUGAAGUAUGAAAAAAUAACAGAACCUAGAGUAAAAUAGGCCAAGGAGAACACUAAUGAAAACCAAAUUGAUCAAGAAAGCAAAGUUCGCGAUUGUGGGGCCAAAGAUCGCGGUCGCGAUCUGGGUGCCCUAGCAUGUGAUCUUGCCCGUCUCUAUUUAAGUAAUGACAGCCUAUUUAGAUCUAUGUGUGUUCAUUCUCUCACACCUUUCUAGAUCUACAUGCCAUUACUCUCCACCCCUCUUUACUCUUCCGACCCACCUUCUUUAAUAUCAUUUUCUAGCAUCUUUAGAGUUUGAGAAGGAUUAUUAAUUGCUUUUGGAUUCCCAACAUGUCCCGUGGCAAGAUAAGGUACAUUUUCCCAUGUUUUUAUGUUUUUCAAUACCUUAUAUUGCCCAACAUGUGUUGAAUGCUUGGAACCUUUGAUGCCCAUUCUCUACCUAGGAUGACAUCUUUUUGGCACGAGAGUGUUUUUCUUCUCUUUAAUGAACCACCUAUGUUACU